GGAGGAGGAGGGGGUGUCCUAAAACAGUUUGCUGGUCCUCACAUUUCAUCACUCCAGAUCCAGGCCACCCCGGGGCGGAGCUGCACUGUAGAGCUCGUAAUUCGGACGCGUUUGGAUACCAGCUUCUGUAACCCAGUUGUGUGUGUUAUCUUCGUGGUUGACUCGGGGUAGUUUUUUUUUUUUUUUUUGCUUUAAAUUGAACAUAACCAAAGACAAGAAGUGUCCACCUCUGUGUUUGUUAGCCAUGGGAGCAGAGAGCUCAGUGCAGCGGGACGUGAAGAGCCAGGAGGAUGCCUCAGCCUCAGCCUCAGCCGGGGAGCUUAGUGCGGAGGUGAAGGUGCUCCAGGAGGGAGGCAGCGUCCUCGACAGCAAGGCUCUACAGAAGAAUGGACAAAUCUCCAGUACGACCAGCCUGAAUGGACACUCUGAGGACAACACACUGGCAGAAGUUGGCCAACCAGAUGGUGUGUCUGUAGCUCAGAAGGAGGAGGCUCCUGAGACUAUGGACACCAUCCAGGAUGAAGUGGCUCCUCAAGUGAAUGGCGAGAAAGUGGAGAAAGAGUCUCCUGAUGCCAAUGACAUCUCCGUUGUUGAGGAGAAGGCAGCGGAGGAGAAACCUGAUGAUGCCAGCGAAGUGGGCUUCAAGAAGAUCUUCCGUUUUGUGGGCUUUAAGUUCACACUGAAGAAGGACAGAAGUGAGGAGAAAGAUCCUGUGAAGCUACUGACAGUCAAAGAUAAAGAAGGAGAGGAGGUCAGUGCAACUGAUGAACCUGCAAAGGAGAAGGAGGAGGAAGCUGCCACUGCUGAGGAGAAGAGCACGACUGAAGAAAAGGAGGCUAACACAGAGGCAUCUACUGCUGAGGCUGAAGUCAGUAAAGAUACUGAUAAGGCUGAAACCACUGAUGUCUCAGGUGACAACAUUGCAGCUGAAACUACUGAUGAAGCAGUCAAGGAGGAAGGAGCUGAGAAGGAAGGUGAGAUGAGUCCACCAUCCCAGGAGAACACUGUGUCCUCCUUCAGGAAGUUCUUCAGCGGAGGACUCUUCUCUAACCUGCGAAAGAAAGCCAGCAUCAAGAAGACAAAAGAAGAGGAAGACAAGGAGGCAGCUGUUGAGGAGGAGACAGCCAAGACAGAAGAAACUGCUGCUGUUGUGGAAGAUAAGGAGGAGAAGGUUGAAGCAGAGCAAGAAACAAAGGAGGAGGCACCAGUGACUCCAGAGGAAGAAAAAUCAGAGCCCAAGGAAGAGGCACCAGCUACUCCUGAGGAAGCAAAAUCAGAGCCAACCCCAGAGCCUGAGGCCACUAGUGAAACUCCUGCUCCUACAGAAACUACUACUGAUGAGGUCAAACAAGACGAGGAGAAGACACUACCUAGUGUGGAAGAGGAAAAAGCUCCAGCAGAGGUGACAUCUGAGGCUGAGCUGCUAUCAUCACAGGAGAAGGUGAAGCCCCAGGGAAGCCCACUGAAAAAGCUUUUCACUGGAGCUGGCUUGAAGAAACUCUCCACUAAGAAACAGAAGAACAAGAAAGAUACUGAGACCAAGUUGACUGAGUCUGGGGAGCAGGCGUCUGAGCAACUUCAAUCCUCCACUGAGUCAGCAGAGGCUCCAAAAACUGACAGUGGGCCCUCAUCUCCAGAGGAGUCAGGAGAGCAUGUUCUGGCUGUGGAGGUGAGCCAGCUGGAGUCCAGCCAAGAGACUGAUGGUGAAGUUACCUCUGAUGGAGAGAAGAAAAAAGACGGCAUCAUUGCCUGGUCCUCCUUCAAGAAGCUAGUGACGCCUAAGAAGCGUGUAAAAAGGUCUUCUGAGAGUGAAGAUGAAGCCACAGGUGAGAAACCAGCAAAGUCAGCCACCUUGUCCUCUUCUGAGAGCACUGCAUUAGCAGAUAAGAGCGUUGAGGAGGAGGUGAAGGAGGAUAAGCCCUCUGAGGAAGAGCCAAAGACUGAAACCACUGAGAAAUUGGUCAGCAGCAAUGAGGAGCCCAAAAAGAAAAUGGACACCUCUGUGUCCUGGGAGGCUCUGAUGUGUAUGGGUGGACCCAAAAAGAGGACUAGAAGGACCUCUGAUUCUGAUGAUGAGGAGACCAAGAUUGAAGAGGAUGCUCCAGAAGCAGCAGCAGCAGCAGCAGCAGCAGAAGAAGAAGAGCAGGAGGGCAAAGCUGAGGUUGCUCUCGUUACCUCCCAAAACACUGAGAGUGAAGGUGAAGUUGCUUCCUCCCCUGAACCUUUAAAUAGCCCCCCUGAGAGAGAGUCAGCUUGGGACACACUGAAACGCAUAGUUAUGUCAAAGAAGGUCAAAGCUGAGGAAAAGGCUGAGGAGAGCGCAGAACACGUCCAGUCAGACAGUGAAGCACCCAAAGAUGACUCGUCAUUCUCUUUGAGAAAGUUCUUCCCAGGACGCAGGAAGAAGAAGUCUGACAAACAAGCCUCCACUGAACAGGGCUCAGGUGAGGAGGACUCUGACACUCCAGCAGUGGUUCCUCUUUCAGAGUAUGACGAACAAGUUCAAGAUACACAGGAGGAACCAGCAGAGUCAGCUACAGUCCAAAUCAAAGUGUCUGCUGAAGAUAGAUCCCCUUCAUGGAUCCCAGCCAUCAUGGAAGAUAUUGAUGACAACCAUGAUCAGCAGCUGAGUGACAUUCCAGAGGAAGCAGAGAACGCUGCCACACCAAAGUCUGUUGACACUGACGUGGCAGAUGAUGAAUCUGAAGACCAGGCUAUUCUGUCUCCUAAAGCUGCAGGACGCACAGGGCGCAGACUGUCCACAGCUGAGGUGAAACCUGUUGCUCAAGCUCCACCUGCAGAAACCACCCCUGUUCCUCAGGGACCCAAGUCAGAAAGUGCAAAGGAGGUCGUGGAGGGUAUUGAGGCCCAAAUCAAUGAAAUUCCAGUCAAGACAUCUGUGACUGUUGAAGAUGUGCCAGUAGAGGUAGCCACUGAAAAAAUUGAGUAUGAACCACCAACUGAGAGUGCUGAAUCCAAGACAAAUACCAUCCUGGAGCCACACUCUAGUGGCGAGGCCAUGGCUAUCUGCACUGGCCUAGGAACCAAGGAGAUUGCCAAAGUAGCUCUGGAGAAACCUGCAAUGCCCAUCAGAGAGUGUGUGGCUGUAAUCCGUGAUGGUUUAAGUACAGAGGUGUCAAUUGAAGAAAAGGAGGCAAAGAUUGAGGAAGCCAAUCUUGCAGAAGAUUUGGUGCUCAAGGCCCAAGUGCACCAAGUAGAAACCACUCUGCUUGAGCAUGCUGUUGAAAAUUCAUUGAGUGAAAUGGCAGACAUUCAAGCCGCCACUGAGAGCUAUGAACCCGACAUUGAGAAGGUUGGAAUCAUCAGCACUGUUCUGGAGGAGUCUGAAGUGGUUCAGCCCACGACCAUGACUGAGAACUCUCCUAAAGCUGUAGUAGUCAAUCCCAUUACACCAACAUCUGAAACUGCUGUCUGCAUCCAGAGUGUAGAAGUCACUGAGCAAACUGUGGAAACCAAGGAAGUGGAAAUGGAAAUGGAGCAACUUGCUGCCACUGAAGAAAUGACCCCUGUAAAAGAAAUAGUUCAAGUUGUGACUAAUGAGAUAUCAUCCGCCAUAUGUGAUGCCACAAAGAACACCGGCACCAAGGAGACCGAGCCAGCCAUUCCUGUAGUUUUACUAAGUGAGGAGAUUCCUGUUAUCACAGAAACAGUGGUCCUUGUCGCCCCGAGCAGUGUGGAGCCUGACCAAGUGGCAACCUCCGACGUGGUGGUCAUGGAAAAUGCAUCAGUGUCAGAGCCAGUCGGUGAUGAGCCAAUCCAGGUGCAGGAAACCAAGGAGGAGGAAACAGUCGUAGAGUCUGUGGAGGCCACUACCAUUGAAACACCAGAGACAGAGAUCCAUGCUGUCAUUGAGCAGACCAGCGAGAAGAUGGUGGAUAUCGAAGAUGACGUGCAGCAGGCCAGUCAAAUUGAGGCCCAGAGCAUGGUCAUUGCCCAGACGGUCAUUCUGGAUGCCGUGGACAAAGUUUCAGAAGAUGCACCUGAACCCAAAAAGCCAGCCACCCCAACUACCACCAUCCCAGCACCAGUCCAGGCAGUAGCAACCACAGAGAAAGAGAUUGAGAUCCCAGCAGAGACCCCUAUUAUCACUGACACCCCUGUUGCUGUCGUCUGCGAAAAACCAGCACCUAAGUCACCACAGCCACUGCACGUUGCCAUGGAAGUCAUUGACACAAUCCCAAUAGAGGUCACAGAGAGCCUUGGUGCCUCUGUAGAGGAGGAGAAAAAAUCAGAGGAAGGGUUGAAGAAAGCUGUGGAGGUAAAAGUAAGUGAAGAAAUCGUCAUAGUGGAAGAAGUUUUAGAGAUAAAGGCAGAUAGUCCAACAGAUGAAGCUCUUGAAGAGGUCAAGGAGGAGCCAAGCAAGGAAACAGCAGAAGUACAAGAAGCAGCUGAGGAAGUGAAACCACAAUCAGAGGAAACCAAGUCCGCCCCUUCAGAGGAGGACAAGGAGAACGUGACUGAGAGCCACGCGCCAGUCCAGAUGGUUCUGCAGAUAGCACAGGUGGUUGAGGAACUGACAGUAGAAGAGGAGGCCGUGGUAGAGUUUGACAGCAACGGUCCUGUGGGCGCUGAAGACACUGAUGUUAAAGAUGAGAAACCUGAAAGUGAAAAACAAGAGUCAGAAAGUCUCUCGACGCAGUCAGAAGAACCUGAAAUGACAGCUUCUGCAGAGGUCGCCACUCCCAGCCAAGUGACAGAGGCAGCAGCCAGCCAGCCAGAGACAGAGAAAUCACCAUCGGGAAAGUGUGCAGAGGUGAUGGCGCAGGUGAUCGAAGUGAUUGAGGAGGCUGUGAAGGAGAUUGAGCCUGUGUCCACAGAGAUCACAGCAGCAUCAUGAGCAGCUGAAGAUGCAAGACCGAUGCCUGGGAGACACACAGUCUGGACCAGGAAGUGAGUGAUGAGGGAGAGAGAGAGAGAGAGAGAGAGAGAGAGAGAAAGAAAGAAAGAGGCUGCUCUGUGGUAACAGGCUGAGACUGGGCUCCGCCUUUCCCAGCCCAGAGAGACUGAGUGACUGAGCAACAGCUCCGCCAUUCUCUCCAUCUCCCCUUCCAAACGUACCCCCUACCCCACCCUGCAGCCCUAUCACAGCGACGUGAUGUCCCACCGCCAUAUCCUCACCCACUCACUCACUCUCACGCACACACACACUCACGCAUGUCCUGUGCCUCAGAAGCAUCCAAUCUGGCUUGUAAUCCGUGUGAUGUAUGUUCGGUGUCUCAGUGACUUUCCAUUGCCCUUGCUGCAUAAGGCAAGAGUCUGCAACCUGGACGAGUGUGUAUCUGUGCAUAUGUGUGUGUGCGUGCGCUAGUGUGUUUGUAUGUGUAUAGUAGCUAGAGUGAGAUUGUGUCAGAAGGUGAAGAGAUGGAGGAUUAUUAUCUUGUAUAUUGUAUUUAUAUCUUGAGUAUUUUCCUUUAUUCACCCCUUUAUUUUUUCAUGUUUUUUGCCCUAAUUUGUUAUUGUAUGACAUUGUUGCAUUUUUUUUUUUUUAAUUAAGGCUGUGAUACAUCAGGUGUUCUUUUAAGCAACAUAAUGGCAAUCAAUUUAAAGUAUGACACAGAGAAACAUCGAAAAAGUUUGUUGUAAAAAUGAUCUGGCCGACAGGAAUUUACCAAAACAAAUUGUUGCAUAAAAAGUGCCCUGUGUAUCACACCUUCAAUAGUCACAUUCAAAGAUUAUUUCAAGACUCUGUAGCAAUUAUAACUAAACCAAGGUACAAGUGUGAUUCCACUGUCAGUAAGUGAUAACCCUGACUGCAAAAAUCUAAAUAGGAGGGCAGAGAGUGUGAUGAUAUCUACUAGAAAUGUACCACGUUUGACUUUUGAAACAUUCAUCUUGUCACAAUGUGUUGCCCAAUCUGCACCUCACCAAAAUACUUCAUCAUCGUGUAGAUAAGGAAAACAAUCACUGCCUGAUUUACUGUGAAAAAAAACAACAUUGUUACACAUUGUUUCAUGUAAUAAUACAAUAAAAUUCUAUAAUAACACCCUCAUUUGAUCAUGUGGCAGAGGUAUUUGGUAAAUAGUGAUGUGCAGCAGAUACAUAUGCCAAUUUUUGACACUGGAUGAGUCAAACUGGGUAGACACGUGCAUGUGAGAAACAUACAAAGCAUAACAUGUGCACAGAGUUACUGUGUGAUAUGUGUAUUUUUGAUGUGUGGCAGUUUAACUGAGAUUAACAGCUUCUGUACUACACUAUAUUUAUGUCUCCUGAUGGAAAGAAAGUAUGUUGACGCCCUCUGUUGCCUACAGAAAGUAGUACACCCAUUAAUUGAUGUAACCAACGUCAACUGUAUGUUUUAACAGGAGUGAUAAAAAUAUGAAAAUGUUAUUUGUUCAGUUCAGUCUUAUGCUAAACCUGCACUAUGUUGUGUACAUCACCCAGCAUGAUAGCUCAGGUUCAUUAAACUGGCACCAGGGAGGACGUAGGUUGAGGAUCUAGAGAGGCACAGAUAGACAGACACAUGGUACCAGAGAUAAAAAACAAAAGCUCAUUUUACUCUUAAUUUAAAAGCCAAAUCUAGUUAGGAUAAAUCAGGGUCAUGUCCUUUGCAUUGCUCACAGGAUAAGACAUGAGUUGCAUCCAAUUAAAUUCUACUCAGCCACUUUCAUUCACUCAUAAAACCUAAGUUAUAUGGUCAGGGGUUUCUUUUGCAACUUUAUUGGCAAAGUGGGCAAUGUGCUUUGGAUGUACGAAUAUCUGAAGCAUUACCGGGACCCUGUUUUUCCACCAAAGCAAACAUGUGACCAUGGGUUACACUGAUAUUAGUUUAAUUCAUACCAAAUUUGGCAAACUUGAAUUGUGUCAAUCAUUCUGACAUUACGAGAAUUAAAGGUGAGUGCUUCUAUUUAGUUGUUAAACCAGUGGCUAUAAAAGCUCACAUUUCACUAAGCUUUACGACCAAAUGACAAAGAUCAGGAAGUUAGGACCCCUGUUAGGUCACGACUUACCUUUACUUUGACUCAAUAGGGUGUGUCACAUCCAUACUUGCUUUAUGUAAAAUAAAUGAUUAAACAAGAGAGAGUGGACUAAAGAAUUUUGCUAUUGUUGCAUAAUGUAAAGCAUUUAGUUGGGGCACCCGCCCACCUUCAGUCCUCCCUGCUUUUUGUAACACACUUAACUGUGAACCUGUUAACAUUUGUACAGAUUGUAUACCUGUGUACUUACAAAUCAUAUUGUUGUAAUAAUAACUAAUAACCUACAGCCAUUUAUCAUAAUAUUCAUGUAGCAUGGUCUUAAUUGUCUUUUAUAUUUUCCAUGCUGUUAAUAGUAAGGAUACAGAAACUUGUCUAUAUUUCAUUCAAUAAAGUUAGAGAAAACUGG